AUGACCGCCAAGGUAGUCGUGAUCACCGGAUGCUCGAGAGGAGGAAUCGGUGUGUUCAAGACCUUCGACGAUCAUUGACUCGUCGAAUGAGGUGGAAUGCCGUCCGCUGAGCUUACCCUUGACUCAUCAGUGCCGUCCACUGACCUUACCUUUGAUUCAUAUCACAACGAUGAUCACUUCCCAUCACUCAUUCAGGUUGGGCCCUUUGUGAGGAAUGGAACAGAAGGGGCCACAGAGUUUUCGGCGCCUCGCGCUCGCUUGUCAAGAUGCAGGGCCUAUCGCAAGGCAUCACCCCGGUCGAGCUCGACGUCAACUCCGAGGCCUCCGUCAAGGCCGGCGUCGCCGAGAUCAUUCGGCAAGCCGGCAAGAUUGGUGAGCUAGGGGAUAACUCAAGUGAAGGUCAUCCCUGCUAGAACCAGAAUUGACAGCCAACAUCUCUUGAACUACCCACAGACGUCUGCAUCAACAACGCAGGCCAAGGUUGCGUUGCCCCGUUGAUCGAGGUCGAUCCGGCUGAGCUCCGCAAGACGUUUGACGUCAACGUUUUCGGGCUUUUGACAAUGGUUCAAGCCGUGGCGCCGCACAUGGUAGAGCAAAGGUCUGGUACAAGUGAGUCAACCGAGAGUUUGAAGUGAACUAGUAGCCAGCUCUAGCGACCCCUUUUGUCUAGUUGUGAAUAUUGGAUCAAUCGUCGCAUACGUGCCGACGCCGUGGGCCGGUGUCUAUUGUGCGACCAAAGCCGCCGCGUACAGUCUCAGCGACACACUCAGAAUGGAACUCAGGGGUAUGUGCAGCGCAAAUCGCUUUACAGCGCCUCUGAGAGCGUGAAUGAACUGGAUAUUGUCACUCACCUUCAACUAUCAGGAUUCGGCAUCAAGGUCGUCUGCGUCGCUCCGGGGGCAAUCAAAAGCGCUAUAGGAGCGUCGAAUGACAAGCGCGCGGUCCUUUCCCCCGCAUCCGUGUACAGCAACGUCGAAGCAUUCGUCAGAUCAAGAGGGUCCUGGUCGCAGAGUAAGCUUAUCCCGAAAGUGGCUCAAGCCAAGCAAUGA